AUGGCAGCGCAAGAAAGAUCACUAGGGGCACUAUUGGCACAAGAAAGAGAAAAAGGAAAAGAACGUGCUCUCUAUUACUUAAGUAGAACCCUAAAUGGAGCCGAGAUCAAUUAUUCCCCUAUAGAGAAGACGUGCCCCGCGCUCUUCUUCGCUAUAGAUAAGUUGAGGCACUACAUGCAGGCCUUCACAAUCCACUUAAUCGCAAAAGCCGACCCCGUUAAGUACGUCUUGUCCAGGCCGAUCAUCUCGGGACGUUUAGCCAAAUGGGCAAUCAUGCUUCAACAGUACGACAUUGUUUAUGUACCAGAAAGGCCAGUUAAAGGGCAGGCAUUGGCCGACUUCCUAGCAGAUCACCCGGUUCCAUCGGAUUGGAAGUUAAGUGAAGACUUACCCGAUGACGAAGUUCUCUUCACAGAGACCUCAGGACUAAGUUGUCCUUCCUUUGGAAAGAGAAAUUCCAUCGCUAAGAAUGGCAGUGCAAGAAGAGCUAACUACAGAGGACAACCCAAACUGUUGCUUCAAGAGUUGGAAGCACUGGAUGAAAAACGAUUAGAAGCUCAGCAAGCGCUGGAGUGUUACCAGGCGCGAAUGUCUAAGGCCUUCGAUAAGCAUGUAAAGCCUCGGUUCUUUCAAGUAGGUGAUCUAGUAAUCGCCGUAAGGAGACCAAUUAUCACGACAAGACAUACAGGGAAUAAGUUUACACCUAAAUGGGAUGGGCCCUACGUUGUCAAAGAAGUCUACACAAACGGAGCGUACAAGAUAGUUGAUCAGGAUGGGCUAAGAAUUGGCCCAAUCAAUGGCAAGUUUCUUAAGAAGUUUUACGCAUAA